AUGGGUGUCGGCGCUGUCGUGAAUCAGUGUACAGACGAGCAUGGUAUUGGUGCAGCCAUUGCCGACGUGGGUGUGCAUGAUAUGAUCAAGUUCCCUCUCUGGACGAUUGGUAAGGCAUGGGCAGCUGACUACGGCAACCCGCAAGAGGACGGCGCAGCUCUUGACUACAACUUGACAUACUCGCCACUGCACACUGUUCGCACUGACAAGACAUACCCAACGGUCAUUUUGGCAUGCGCUGAUCACGAUGACCGCGUAGUCCCGGCGCACUCAUUCAAGCUCGCAGCAGAAAUGCAGCACAAGCUCGCGAAGAAUGAAAACCCCAUCUUGUUGCGUGUUGACUUGCAAGCUGGACACGGCGAAGGAAAGAGCACACAGAAACGCAUGGAAGAGGCUGCAGAGAAGUACGCGAUUGUGGCGCGUGUUCUGGGUCUUUCGCUUACGGCGUGA